CCAAGAUUGGCUCAGUGGCAAAACGACAAACAGAUGGUGGGCAUGGAAAAGGACGUUGAAAUCCUCCUCGAGAAGGCAAUCUUGUGUGAGGGAGAUGACCUUACCAUCGCCGCCAUCACAGGCGACGGCGGAAGCGGGAAGUCUUCCCUCGCGAGGAUUGUAUUCAACUUCGCGGCGGUGGGCGAAGCAUUUGAGCGGCGCGGGUGGGUGGUGGUUUCAGAGGAAGUGAGGGUAAGAGACAUGAUCAAGGAGCUCUGUGUGCAGAUGAAGAGAACAGAGACGAUGGAGUGGGAAUUGAAUCUUAUGGAUGGGUUAGAAUUGCCGGAGCUUCAGCAACGGCUUUACCAGCGCCUCGAGGGGAAAAGGUAUUUCAUAGUUUUCGACAACAUGCGCCGCGACGAGGACUGGGCUGAGGCGCUUGGACAGGCUCUCCCCGGUGAAGGUCCAUUUCUGAAUGGGAGAAAGUUCUAGAAGAAAUAAGAUGCAGCGAUGGUACCAUACAAGCAAUCCUCAAUCUAAGCUACCAAUAUCUGUCUCCAGAGUUAAAAUCAUGCUUCCUCCGUCUCGGCUUCUUUGAGCCUGGUGCUAUUAUCAGCGCCAGAAAGCUCGUCGAUCUGUGGGUUUCGGAAGGGAUCAUCCACGAAGAAGCGGGAAAAACAAGAGAUGAGAUCGCGAUGGCCUAUUUAGAAGAGCUGGCUGAUCGCAGUCUGGUUGAAAUCAAGGAUAUAUCCUUCGAUGGUCGUAUAAAAAGCUGCGUUGUUCACGAUCUGAUCAGAGAUAUAUCCGUGAGAAUUGCGGAAGAGGAAAUAAGAUUCGAAAGUGAAUCUUCAGACACAUCAGACCGCUGCCACCGUGUCCUGGACUGCAGCCAGGGGAGAUUCAACGGUUCUAUUUAUGGAAACAAACAGAUCCGGUCCUUGUGGUCCGCCGUGGGGCCCAGCCAUAUCUCUUUGCAGCGGCGUUUUCGUCUUACUGGAUGAGCUUUCAGCUCCUGAGGAUUCUCGACUUCGAAGGGUGUGUGGCGAUGAAGCAGCUUCCAACUCCAAUAGGUGUGUUGUUCGGAUUGAGGUAUCUGAGUGUGAGAGAGAUAACGGAAUCUCUGAGAUUCCUAGGUGGCUUCCUAGGCUUGUCAACCUUGAGAUUCUUGACAUGAGGGUGCUCUCGGGGAUUGACAUGUCCGAUGUUUUAGGGAAAAUGCGGCGGCUGAGGCGGCUUUACGCGUUUUCUUUCUAUUUUGGGAAAUUUCUAGAGAUAACCGGUUUGAAGUCACUGCAGAAGCUGAGCUAUGUGAAUUUCAAAGAAUCAGACGUCAAGAAGUUGCAAAGAUGACUAGUCUUCCGAAUUGGGAAUAAAUCUGUUCGGAAUCUUUGAUGCAAGCCGGCUUUUUCGCUUCUUAGGGAGACUGGAGAAUCUUGUGAAUUCUGUCAAGAACUUGAGUUUGGACGGUUUAGGAAGUAUGCGUCGUCUCACGAGGCUCAAGAUUCACGGCCAAAUACCUUCGAUGCCCUCGGCAUUCCCUCCGAAUCUCUCCCAUCUGACUCUGGAGUGGCUGCGUGUGAGAGAGAAUCCGAUGCCGUUGCUGGGGAAGCUCGAGAAGCUGGAGUGUCUCAAGAUGGACGGCGGAGAUGGUGGCGGCGAGUGAUGGGUUUCGAAAGCUUCGGGUGCUUGUUUUGAAAUGUAUGAGUAUGCUGGAGAGGGUGGUGGUGGAGGAGGAAGGAGCGUGGGCGGAGGUCAGGAAAGUGGUGGUCGAGCGGUGCUCGGGUUUGGAGGGGUUGCCGGAGGAGAUGGUGAGGAAUGUGGAUGAGUUGAAGGUUGUGGCGAGUAAGAGAGUUGCUUGUAGGUUGAGGGGUGAAGAUUCGGACAUGAUUUGUAAUGUUCGUUUUGUGCACGUAGUUGAUGAUUCGGGUGCAGAUUACUGAUUAGGUAGUAGAUCUAGUUGAGUUUUCAAAUGUCUACUUGUUUUAAAUUAUCUUAAUGUUAGAUCUAAUAAGUUAUACUAGGAAAAAUUUUAGAUGAUUAGAAGAGACUUACAAAACUAGAAAAAUAUAUAAGAAAAUAUUUUUGAUGAAUAGUAAUGAUAGAUAAUUAUCUUAAAUAAA